AUGCAGCCGGCUACCGAGCUUGUCUUGUACGUUGGUCCUUUCGGAAGCGUGGCCUGCAGCGGUGCCGUGCAGUCGCCGAGCACCGCGGCGCUGAGCGGCGCGCCCCGGGUCGCGCUGCACCCCGCGCCGAGGCCCGGCCUCGCCGAGGGCCGCACAGGGGAGCAGGGCACCGAGGCGCAGGCCUGGGGCGCCGCCGCCACGUGGUCCCCCACCGGCCCGGGCGUCGCCCUCGGCCUGGCGGCGGGCGCUCUCCUGGUGCUCGCCGCCGCCGUGGCCGUCGGCGUCUCGUGGCGGCAGGGAUGCCACAUGCGCAGCGUGCCAGUCCAUGAGAACACCGUGGCGGCCAUCGAGCAUUGGAUCAUGAGGGCGAAGACGCAGGACCUUGACUUCUACACAUGCAUGGGUCUCGUUUCUGGCCUGCACCAGCUGGGUCCAAAGACUCGGGCAAUGAUGCCCCGCGCAGUCCUGCUUUUUGUCAUGCAGGGAAUUCUUCCUGGCCUCCUCGUCCUCUACCACAUGCGCGACUUCCACUACUACUCUCCAGUUCAGGACCUCUGGUUCAGGCUGUGCGCCGCGAUACUGUUCUGCUUCUCGGUGGUGCACAUGUACUGUGGCGCGUUCGACGAGUGCCGGACCAUGUUCUUGGAGCUGGCCCUCCGGCACCACGUCGUCUCGUGGUGGUUCCUGUGGCCCAUGCUCGUUGGCGAGGUGUUGAACGCGUUCUCGGCGUACACCCUGGUGAUCACACUGAUCCUCGUGUUCUGCCACGUGGACAACACGCCCGAGCUGCUCGUCCACUGCCUGGCCAUCAACUUCAUCGUCAGCAUCGACAACGACAUCGUUGACGAGGACAUGCGGCACUUCUCGAUCUCGAAGCUUCAUCAGGCACUGGCAGAAGGGAAGAGCUCGCACGAACAAGGAGAUCUCCAGUACUGCGUCCUGCGCAUCACGACGACGGUGUGCGCCGUGACGCGCGUCGUGCUGACACUGUGUGUGGGCUUGGGCUUCUCGGUGAUUUUCUUCUUCGCCCACCAGGAGCGGUGGUGCCAGCAGCUCGGGCCCUACAGCUCCUGGCCGUUCUGCGAGGGCCUGCGGGCCUGA